CAACGUGUUUUUAGUAAUAUGUCAACAUUGUAGUGGGAAGCUAAUCAAAUAUAAGAAUGUCGUUUGAAAAUCUAAUGAAAACUCUGCAAGACUGUGUGAUCACCGAGGAUCAAACAGGUGAAAAUGUCAGCCAAACCCUCAAACCUUUAUAUGACAAACUGUCGGAGUCCUCCAGGAGUGGCGUGAAAAGAUAUAAGGAGCGAUGUUUAGAGGAGGGCGUCCAGCUGCUAAGGCAACUAUCAGAGCCUCAGCUUCGUGGUUUGGAUGACAAACAUCUCCUUCUCCUAGUCAGACUCCUCAUAUCCCUGCAGCUACAGAUGGUCAACAUUUCCACAGCCUGUCGUAAAGUGGACCAAAUGUUACAACAUUUGGCGAAGGUGGACCACCAGUUGGUUUUUAGAGAAACCCUUCAUAGGUUCACCUUAAUAGUCCAGAGUGAUCAGAUUUUGUCUUUGGAGGAUUUGCAGAGAGUGUGUAUGUUCUUGGAGGACAGCACAGUUGGUCGUGAGGUGUGGCGGCAGUCAUAUAUGUCCAUGCUAAGUAAAGUGUGUGAGUUAUUCCCUGCUGUAUUGCAACAAGAAUUCCACAGAGAUGGACCUCUCUGUUAUGUUACUGUGAAGGUGUGUUUGCAGAUAUUUCAGUUAUUGUCCAGUGAAGUUGCUCCUCUGGUGUGGGAAGAGAAUCACAGGGGCCAAGCUGUGCAGACAAUCCUGCAGGCGCUUAUGGACAUAAUACUUGGACAGUGCUGCAACAGGGAUACUCGUCUUUUGGCAGGCACUGCCGUGGCCAUGCUGAUUAAUACAGCAUCAGAGAGCAAAGCAGGAGGGGCUGCCGCCUGGAGCCUGUUGCAGGUCUUUCACACAGAGCCCUGGCUGCUGACUGUUGGUGCUCUGCAAGUAAAGUGUGUUCCUGCAAGGAAAGAUGGAGUGGACAGGCUGGCCGUGACCAGGGGCCUCCUGACUUGCUGUCGUCCUCACAUUUUACUCAGUUCCUGCGAUGAUGCUGCACCAACGUGCUUACUGCUGGAAGGUUUGUUUCCUCUGGUGUAUGUGUUGUGUGAAGAGAAGCUAGAUUUUCACUACUUUGUGUUGGAAGUAUUAACACUGUGGCUGAAGAGAGUGAAAGAAUGUGUGGUGGAUCUCUGGAAGAUGACAGCUGCCCGUCUUCUGCCUGACAACAGCAGCCUGCGGCAGCAGCUCAUUCAUGUUAUCUGGACCAACGCAGAAAGCCCAGUGGAAGGGGUGCCUGAAUUUGCAAGCAGUGCCUUUAUUCAGCUGCUGAACCUCUAUGAGAUGGACUGUGAGCAGUUUUGUGAUGCAGAGAAGACAUUUUAUGCUACACUGCUUCAACGAAUAAUGAAACUACCUAGGGAGGCCAAAGCCAAAUAUCAUCACCUUUCUGCCCUGUUGCCAUAUCUGGAUACUAACAUGGUGCUGGAUCAGUACGUUGAAAUACCCAGUCAUCUCCUGAAGUGCUUAUCGACCAACCACCUAUCUCCAUGUGGAUCAGAGCUGUAUAAAUGUCUGAUCCAGCAGCAGAGGAGAGAGCUACAAAAAUCUGCCUCACUCACAGAGCUGGAUCUAGCUGGACACUGGGCGAAGCUUUGGCAGCCUGUCCUUCAUGAAGCUUUGACAUCUGAAGUGACUCUUUUACAGAACAACGGCUCAACACACUUAUUACCCUGCACCCUUCAGGUUUUCCCCUCUUCUGUGGACCAUCUGCUGGCCUCUCUGGAUCCUCAUGUGCCCGGCCACCUCCACGCCUGGGCUUGUAUCUUGAGCUCUUACCGAGCCAUAACUGGUGGCUCUCCGUGGGCUCUUCAGGGUAGCUCCACCUUUGAAACGCUGCAGCUAGCUCUGGGGUCUGCAGAUGACAAAAUCCGUCUUGCUGCCCUUAAUCUGCUCAGCUGCAGCUCAAAGACCAAAGAUAUCCCAACCACAGAGGAGUUGACUAUAAUGAGGAGGUUCAUUCCUCAGAACCUGAACUGUGAGUCCUCGCCGUUUCGUCAGCAUCUUCAGGCUGGAGUGAGGAAAUUUCUGGUUCGUAUCAGAGAUGGCUGCUUAGCACAUAUCAGAGGACCAAAGGGCAAAAAGAAAGGGGAUGCUGCCUACUACCAGAGCUCACAGGAUGUGUUGGAGCAAAGAAUAGGGUUUGUGGAGUGGUUAAGCCAGCUUCCAUACAGCUCUCUGGCACCAGGACACAGUUAUCAGAGAAAGAAGACUGCACUGCUGUUGCUGUCUGCAGUGUUGGAGACCUGCACAGACACCUGGAGCCCUGACAAGAAGAAGGGACAACCUCCAGCAAAUAUAGGAACUCUUAUUAAAUGCGCCAGACAAAGAGGACAGUGGGAUUUCUUCUGUAGGACAAAACAACUGGUCCUUAUCAGCUGUUUAGAAGAUUCUACUAGUGAGAUUCGGGAGCUCUCCGCUGGGUUGUUGUUGAGAUUUUUUCCACCCAGUUUCCCAGCUGAUAUCACUGAAGUGCUAAACCUGAGAUCUAAGCAGCUUCUUUGCAGUCCUCGGGUGCAGGAGGCUCAGAUGGGAGCGCUGAUGAUGAAGGUCCUCCUCCAGAAAUCAGGAGAUCUUCUUGAGGACUGCAAAGUGUACUUUAAAGGCAGCAGUGGAAGGAACUCCAAAUCAUCAUGUGUGGUCACAUGUGUUGUGAAGGAGCUGGAGCAGCAUUAUGAGACCGCCAAAGCAGACAUGAUGUUUGCUGCCAGAACCAAGCCCAUUCAUGGCGUGCUGUGUGCCCUUCAGAGGUGUCUGCUUGAGAUACCGAACAGAGUCUGUGACAUACUGGAUCACCAUGUGAUCACUGAGGUGCUGGACUUGCUGGAGAAUAUAACUCUGCUACUUCUCGCUGUUCUGUAUGGAGACUGCAGUACUUGUAUCACUAAAAAGGACGCCCCACCUUCUUUUUGUGAUAUGGGAAAUGCAAUCAGCUCUCUCAUAUCCCAGGAGUCUGGAGCUGGUCCAGCUGACGGAGAGGAAUGUGUCCUGCUGUCUGAAGAGCACAGCCUUGUUCUCACAUGCUGCUGGGUCUCCCUCAAGGAAACAGGAAUUCUUUUAGGUUCCCUAGUGGAGAAAAUUCUUACAGAAACCAAACAAUCCAGCAAUCAUCUUCUAACUAAACAGGACCUUAUUAGAGCAUCAAAGCUAUUUAAGAAUAUUCUUCUCAAAUGCCGUCACUGGGGGGCAGUGGAGGGUUGCAGUCUGGGCUUUACAAAGUUCUGCGUCUCCCUGUUGAGCAGCAGUGAUCCAGAGCUUAAAGAUAUUCCAGCCCAGAUGCUCAAACAAGGAUUGGAGGUUGUGCAGUGCCCUCGUUCUACAUCGGUGACCCGGCGGGCUGCGGGGUUGCCCCUGUUGAUCCUGUGUGUUGUGUCAGCAGAGGAGGCCAGUAAAGCAAGGCCGCUAUUAACCCUCAGUAUGCAAACCUUACUAGACACAGCCAAAACCCCUCUGGAUGAGAACUGGGAUCAAAAGCUGGAUCUGCCACAGGUGUGUGCAGUUCAUACUCUGCAGGCUCUGGUACGCGGUGCAGGUUUGGGAGUAGCCGUCCUUCGGUUUGCACCUGCUAUAGCCAUCUUGUCACUCACUCUCCUUAGUUCUCCCUCCUGGGCCAUGAGGAAUGCUGCUCUGCAACUUUACAGCUCUCUUUGCUCGCGAAUGCUCGGCCAGCGGUGUAGUAGUGGUGAGGCUGGCCCUACCCAGCUUAGCAUGUCGCCGGCUGCGUUCUUUGUCCACUAUCAUGGGCUCCAGCUCUUCCUCCUGGGUGAACUGAGAGGGGCAGCACAAGACCUCCAGGAUCCAACCAAUAAUGCCAAGCUACACCUCCAGCCAUCACUCUUCCCUAUCCUCACGCUGCUGGCACAACUCCAACCUGGCGUCCAAGACUCAACAGAAACUUUGUUGGACUUCCUGCCUCCCUUACUCCAGCUGUCUGCCAGCCCUAUUUACAGUGUGAGAGUGAUGGCCUCCAAGGCUCUGGUUGCCAUGACUCGCCCCUCAGAGUACAUGAGCAUCCUCAUCAAACUGACUGCUCAACUACCCGGUCCUCAGGAUCGCUGCUGCCACAACCAGCUCCAUGGACAGCUGCUGCAGAUCAAAGCCAUUCUGGAAAGAGCUCUCUGCACAGACAGUGCUUCUGUUGGUAGUGGCCCUUCAGAUGACCUGAGUGAGGUGCUGAGCAGAGUGCAGGCAUCGCUGUGGAUGGCCACUGAAGCUCAGCAUUGUCCCCUAAUAAGAGCGGUUUACAUCAGCGUGGUCGACUCUCUACGAAGACACUACUGUGAGAGCUUCACAUCACAACUCAGUGAUGCACUCAUGCAUGACCUCCAAACACCUCAGCAGAGUCUUCAGGUUGGGCUGUCAUCCUUCCAUCAACGAGCCAUCCGCUUCCUGUGCAUGGAUCUAAAGUGGGCUUGUAAAAUCUGGCACAGCUUCCCUGAAGCGAGCCCUGAUCUGAGACUCUCACUGGUUGCCUGGGUGCUGGAUGGGCAUGGUGUGGAGCAAACUGGUUUGAAAAAAGUCAUCCAAAGGGUGUUGCAGACAAACUUAAAGGAGGCUUUAUUAAGCCACAGUGUGGCGUAUCGCACAACAUACCUUGCAGCCUUGGUUGUAGUGAUGACUGCCGGUAGAACUAUGUUAGCUCAACCUCUUCCACACUCAACCUCACUAGUGGAAAACAUUCUGCCUGACUGUCUGGAUUUGUUGCUGAGGGACCUGGAAGACCAGAGAGGAGGGCCAGACCUCCUCUCCCAGGCUCUUCAUGCUGCUAGUCUGCUUCUUUCCCAGUGCUCAGAUUCCAGUCUAACGAUUGCCAUGCUUCAACGCUGGUGUAGCAUCUUGGAAAACCAACGAGCUCCAGAUGCACCUGAAAUACUCAGAAUGGCGUGUAGUGAAGCUCUUUGUGUUGCUGGAGUUCCUCUUAUGAGCUGCAGCCUGAGGGAGCACAGUCCUCCCCCUGCCAUCAUGAUCCGGCUGAUCAACACAGGCCUUUACUUGCUGCAGGACCAAAGCCAGCAGGUGAGGCUGAAAGCAGCCUGUUUUACCUCUUUGCUCCAUCAUUCAAGAAGAGGAGAGAACCAGAGCAGCGUCUACCUUGUGCAGGUUAACCAGGCUCUGCCCCUCCUCCUGGAUUUGUUGCUGGAGGAAUUCUGGGAUUCUCCUGCCACACUAGAAGUGCUGCUGUCUCAUCUGCCUCCGUCUGAUCUCAGAUCUGUGCUAACAGAAGCCUUGGCAGAAGGCGGGUGCUCCAUCCUGUAUGAGCAGGAUGAGGCGAAUGUGUUUGCAGAGCCCUCUGUCAUGUCUGCACAAGUGCUGCCUUACCUCCUGCAGAUGGCUGAAAAAUCCUUUCAGUCAUCUGCUAUGGCAGAGAGCCUGAAUUCAUGGGCAAAGGAGAAUGCUGCACAGGUGCUGGAUAACCUAACAGUCUGCCAAAAGCUCCACACAGCUGAGACACUGACUCCCUCUUGGCUGGCUCUCCUCAUGGAUUCUCGUUUCCACAGCACUCUGUGUGGCCUCUUGACCAGGGCUACCCUUCUGCUCCGUCUGCUGACAACAUCUACGCGUGUACAAGACAUUUGUAAUCUUUCAUCGAUGCGCACGAGUCUACAAGAUGUUUGUCGACUACUCAGUCAGAAUGGUGUCCACUUACAGUGUGCUUUAACAGCUGCUGUGGCUCGAGAGCUGAUUAUUUGACAGAGCAGGAGAGCUGUUUAUGAACACUCAAAGAGUGCAGCCUUAUGAUGUGACCCAGUAUAAAAUUACCUGUUGAUACUUUAAGAAUGCACAUGACUUACAUGUCUCUCCCUAGUCUUAAAUGAGUAACUCAACUGCUGACACUGCAGCACACGGGCUAAUGAAGUUGCAUAAGAGUCCAGUGGCAGCUAUUACUUGAGUCCAAAAAUUUGUUGUGCAGGAAAAAGACCCUCUGAUUACUGAAAGUCAGAGUAGUAAACAUUUCCUACUAUGACAUGACUUUCUGAAGCUUUAUUCAGUUUUUCAAAGCAAGCUUUAUUAUGCAGAGUUACAGUCACCACAGCAGACCGAGGUCAGCCUCUCUCACCAUCACCCCAAGCAUAGCUCUUUUCUUUUGUUGUAAGGUGUAUUCAGCAGCAACUGCAGCAAGACUCACGCUGAUGCAGUGAUGUAAUGCAACAGCAUCUGGGAAAAAAAACUGUGUGCUUGGUAACCAGCAGGGGAAUAUGCUGUGCAGUUUAAUGUUCCAUUAGAGGCCUUCUGCUUGGAUAAGUGUCCAUUUGACAACCUCAUGAGGAGUGCUGAUGAUUGAGUGGAUCUCAUCGAGAGCAGGUGGUUGCCCUGCAACAGACCACACAGUAGUGCAGUGUUACAUCAUCAGAUCUUCCUCCACUGCUGUUGAUGAAUGGCUCACAGGAUUAGACAAACACUGACAGCAAAGAUAUGCUAUGAUUGGCUGUGUUAGUUUCCUUGUAGUGAUUCAGUUCUUAGUGUAGAGUAGACCAGUGUUAACCAGAACAGUUUUCAGUUAUUUAUUUGUUUUUUGCUUCUAAAUGCACUUGCAUUGUACAUCCAUCAAUUGUUUAACUGUUGAGUAUUUGGAUAAUACCUCAGUGAUGACAAUAAGCUUGUGUUCAUGAUUCAUACAUAAAUCUUCUGCAAUGUGUCUCCAUGACCCACCUAAAGUCCACGCCCAAUGUACAGAGCUCAACAGCAUUAACAUCUGAAGGGAAACCGUUUAUAUCAUAAUAAAAAUUGAGUUGAUGCUAAAUAACGACAGCUGCAGGGCAAAAAAGGUUUUAAAUUUUUGUUUUUUUUCAAUAUGUCUGAAAAUUAAGGUGUCAUUUUACAGUAAGUUGUAUGUGAGUUUAAGGUGAGCAUGACUAAAUUUCCUGAGGGCAAAGUGUUUAUACAAGUGGAAAAUGGCCAUCUGCCUGAAUAUGAGCGUUUGCCAUCGUAACUGAGGGUAUCUGGGCUCUCUGUAAGCCAUCAUCCUGCUACUUAAAUGAUUAACUAUGGCAACAGGGAACAAGGCCAAGUACAGUGGGUACAGCCCUCGCCAUGAGGAGUGUGUGCAUAAAUAUGGACGUUUGUGUUCCAUUUAAAGCAUGAACGUGUGUUUUUUUUUCAUUGUUUUUUCAGGUGUAGUCCUCUGAAUUUAUUGUGUAUUUUGAUCCUGACAACAGUUGAAUGAGAUGAGGAUAAUUGGGGCUUUUUUUCUGCAAAAAUGUGUCUUUCAUGUGAUCAGAGCUUCAAACUGCGGAAGGAAAACUCCACUAUUCAUUCCAAGUAGUGCAUUUGAAGACACUAGCUCUUUAUAUUGCUGGAUUUUGGCUUUUGGUUUAUUUUGUAAUGUAAAAUAAUUGAAAUAUUUUAAUAAAUA